AUGGCGCCAGGCCCGCUCCGGAGUCUCACGAGGGGCUCCCUGAGUCCUGGGGUCACUCUGGGGCCUGCGCAGCAGGGACGGGUGGAUCUCGGGCCUCUGGGCACUUUCCUUGGCCGUCGGACGUGGCAGGGGCAGACUCAGGUGCCCACGGGGCAUCUUCGGCAGGAAGUCCACGCUGGCUGCAGCCCCACACAGCCGUCUGCGGGCCCCAACUCCCGAGGGCCCCAGCCCGGGAAGAACCGUGCUCAGGCCGCGGGGCUGCCCUGGGGAACUCAGCCUCUGGCAGUGCUGGGAGCUCCUGGACCUCACCGGGCAGUGCUCAGGCCCCCGAGCGGGGCUGGGACGGAAAUCAGCCUCACGCCUGGCGUGCUCCCCCUUUGCACUGUUGAAGACACUCUGGGGGCCAACGCAUCGAGAGUGUGCGGGCGCCCCCGGCUGCUGGCCCGCAUGGUGGGCGGGCAGGACGCCCUGGAGGGCGAGUGGCCCUGGCAGGUCAGCAUCCAGCGCAACGGGAGCCACGUGUGCGGCGGCAGCCUGGUGACGGAGCGCUGGGUCCUCACGGCCGCGCACUGCUUCCCCAACGCCUCCGACACAGCCCUGUACCGGGUCCUGCUGGGGGCGCGGCAGCUGGCGCGGCCCGGCCCACACGCUGUGUGGCUGGGGGUGCGGCAGGUGCAGAGCCACCCCCUGUACCAGGGCAUGGCCUCCAGUGCCGACGUGGCCCUGGUCCAGCUGGAGACGCCCGUCGCCUUCACCAGCCACAUCCUCCCGGUGUGUCUGCCCGAGCCCUCGGUGGCCUUCGGCGCAGGCACGAGCUGCUGGGUCACUGGCUGGGGCAGUCCCAGCGAGCAAGACCGGCUGCCCGCCCCGCGGGUCCUGCAGAAGCUGGCGGUUCCCAUCAUCGACGCGCACAGCUGCAACGAGCUGUACAGCAGGGGCGCGGAGGCCGGCUUCCAGCCCAGAACCAUCCAGAAGGACAUGCUGUGUGCGGGCUUCGCGGAGGGCAAGAAGGACGCCUGCAAGGGUGACUCCGGGGGGCCCCUGGUCUGCCUGGUGGGCCAGACGUGGCUGCAGGCCGGGGUGAUCAGCUGGGGAGAGGGAUGCGCCCGUCGGAACCGCCCUGGCGUCUACAUCCGGGUCACCUCCCACCACGACUGGAUCCACCGCAUCAUCCCCGAACUGCAGUUCCAGCCGGCACGGUCAGGGGGCUGGAAGCGCGACCCCCUCGGCCAGCAGAGCCCCCGCGCGGCCGCCUCCUGCCCCGUGCCCUGGGCGGCCGCCCUGCUCCUCCCUGCCCUCGCCUUCCUCUGAGUCCGGCUGCGCACGUUUGUAAAUACCCUCUCACAAGCGCCCCGCUAUUUUUAUUUAUGUUCGCUCCA